UUUAGUGGAAACCCGGCAGCCUUGGAAUAGCUAGCGUGCAAUACAGCUCGCAGGAGCGCCCGCCAGCCCGCCCAGGAGAGCGGCGGCCAGGACAGCCAAAGCAGCAGCUGCAGCCGCCGCCGACACCGCUGUGGGGGCAGCAGAAAUGAUGAGCACGGUGCGCGGCCGAAGUUGACUAGCCCUUGGCCGCGCCCCUCUAAGCUUUAGAGUUGGCUGUGCCUGCUGUGGGGGGAAGGUGUCCGGUCUCAUCCCAGCCCAGGCUGCCACCCAGCAGCUGCAAUCGGAGGAGCCUCCUGUGUGGUGUGGGUGGGCAAUAAGAGCUUCCCUCGGAGACCCCCUCCGGAAAGAAGAGAGGGGGUGGGGAAGUUGUUUCCCUCACUCUGCCCACCCCCCCCCCCCCGGUUGAGGAUCGACAGCCCAGCGGCAAGAUUAUUGGGCUCUGGAUGCCCGGGACUUGGACCCUGAGCCCCUGACAGCCGGGCUGCAGAGGGGUGAAGUUGGGGCUGCACGCCGCGGAGAUCAGGGCCACCGAGCAUCCCCAGGGUCUCACGGAGUGAUGCCGAUGGGGGGCCUGUUGCCCAUGUUCAGCAGCCCCCCCGGGGGCGGGCUGGGAGGUGGGGGCGGCGUUGGUAGUGGCGGCUUGGGCAUCAGGAAGGUAGCCGGGCCGGGUGCUUUCCGUCUGACCGAGAAGUUCGUCUUGCUGCUGGUGUUCAGCGCCUUCAUCACGCUCUGCUUCGGGGCGAUCUUCUUCUUGCCCGAUUCUUCGAAGCUGCUCAGCGGGGUCUUCUUCCACUCCAACUCGGCUCUCCAGCCAGCUAACGACCACAAGCAGGGGCUUGGCUUGGGCAGCAUCAAUGCUAUGGGGAAGGGAGAAGAGGGGAGCGAAGGUGAGAGGGCAGCGGCUGCUGCCGCCGCGGCCGCUGCUGCGGACAAUUUGGCCAAGAUUCGAGAAGACCACGAGCGAGCCUUGAGAGAGGCCAAAGAGACGCUGCAGAAGUUGCCGGAGGAAAUUCAGAGGGACAUUCUCCAGGAGAAGGAGCAAGUUCUCCAAGACAAACUGCUCAAUAAAGGGAAUGCUGGUGGACUGCCUCACCUGGACUUUCGCCCUUCUAUCGGGGCUAUAGGACGGGAGCCCACCGACCCAGAAAUCCGUCAGAAGAGGGCAAAGAUCAAAGAGAUGAUGAAACAUGCUUGGGAUAAUUAUAAACUUUAUGCCUGGGGAUUAAAUGAACUGAAACCUUUAUCAAAAAAAGGACAUUCAAGUAGUUUAUUUGGCAACAUCCAAGGAGCAACAAUAAUAGAUGCCCUAGAUACUCUCUUUAUAAUGGAAAUGAAAAAUGAAUUCAAGGAGGCCAAAGAAUGGAUUGAAGAAAAUUUAGAUUUUAAUGUGAAUGCUGAAAUUUCAGUUUUUGAAGUGAAUAUACGUUUUGUUGGUGGACUUCUCUCAGCUUACUAUCUCAGUGGAGAAGAGAUAUUUCGAAGGAAAGCAGUGGAACUUGGAGAAAAAUUACUUCCUGCAUUUCAUACUCCCUCUGGAAUACCUUGGGCAUUGCUGAAUUUGAAGAGUGGGAUUGGUCGAAAUUGGCCUUGGGCAUCUGGAGGAAGCAGUAUUCUGGCAGAAUUUGGAACCUUACAUUUGGAGUUUGUACAUUUGAGCCAUUUAUCUGGGAAUCCAGUCUUUGCUGAAAAGGUGUUUGGAAUUCGAAAUGUUCUGAACACGCUGGAUAAACCACAAGGCCUUUACCCCAACUAUCUAAAUCCCAGCAGUGGACAGUGGGGUCAACAUCAUGUAUCAGUUGGAGGACUAGGAGAUAGCUUUUAUGAAUAUUUGCUGAAGGCAUGGCUAAUGUCAGACAAGACAGAUUUAGAAGCUAAGAAAAUGUAUUUUGCAGCCGUUCAGGCCAUUGAGACUCAUUUAAUCCGGAAAUCCAGUGGUGGUCUGACCUACAUUGCAGAGUGGAAAGGUGGCCUUUUAGAACACAAAAUGGGUCACCUGACUUGUUUUGCUGGAGGCAUGUUUGCGCUUGGUGCAGCCUGUGCUUCUCCAGAGCUAACACAGCAUCACAUUGAACUUGGCGCUGAAAUCGCCCGCACAUGUUAUGAAUCAUAUAACCGCACUGCAAUGAAACUGGGACCAGAAGCUUUCAGAUUUGAUGGUGGAGUGGAAGCCAUUGCUACAAGGCAGAGUGAAAAAUAUUACAUCUUGAGACCUGAAGUGAUUGAGACUUACAUGUACAUGUGGAGAUUAACCCAUGAUCCAAAGUACAGAAAAUGGGCCUGGGAAGCUGUUGAGGCACUGGAAAAACACUGCCGGGUAGAUGGAGGCUAUUCUGGCCUCAGGGACGUUUAUCUAAAGCAAGAGAGUUAUGAUGAUGUACAGCAGAGUUUCUUCCUGGCAGAGACCCUAAAAUAUCUAUAUUUGCUGUUUUCUGAUGAUGAUCUCCUUCCACUGGAACAUUGGAUUUUUAACACUGAGGCUCAUCUUCUACCAGUUCUCCGCAAGAAUAAUCAGGAGGUGGAAGAAAAUCACAAAUAAAAAAGAUUCUGAACGCAUUGUUUUGCUGCAUUCCUUUAAUUUCCCUACACACCUUAAGAGUUCCCUUUCUUUUCUUCCAGGCAUACUGCAAACUUUUAUUAUAAUUGCUGUGGUUCUUCUGAGUUCUAGACAAAUUGUUUUGCAGUCCAUUAUGUUUAAUAGGAAAUAUCUGUAAUUGGACUUAAAUUCUUCAUUAUGUUUUCCAUUCAUCCAGCCAAUCGAGCCACUCAAAAAGAAGAAAAAAAGAAAUUCACCAACUCUAGAAUUUAUGAGGCUGUUGAGUCACUUUUGCCCAACUGAAUAAGUGGGUCUUAAGGUUUUAGGUGACCUGUUUACUAUAAUUUUAAUUUGACUGCAAAAAAAUUUUUCCUCCUCUAUGAGGAGAUGAUGUCUGCUUUAAGCUGUAAUAUUUUGCCAUGUUGCAAAAAGCCAUAAUAAAUUAAUUAUUAAAACAGCUUUUUUUUUUCUUUCCAAUUUCAUGUUAAUCUAGUUUGUCUGUUCACCCUAAAUGAAUUGUAACUGUGACAGCCUCCUCUGAUGCGGGUCUAUCAUUAUUUGGUAGAAUGUCUUUUAAAAUACUUCACUCACAUUGUAAUCUAAAUAAAAAUCAGCAGUUAUUAUCAUCCCAUGUUGACCUCAUUCUCCUUAGGGCUACAGUAGAUUUUAUUGUAACUCAAUUGCAUUAGUGUUUUUAAUUUGUGGAUUUUCCUCAAAUUUUGUUUUAAAUGUACUGUAUUUGUUGCCAACUGGAUCAUUUCUUCCAUUUUCCAACACACCAUGGUAUGAAUUCUAAAGACAGCUUAGUGUGAGCAAAAUAAACCAUCUUGCAAAAGUCUGCUAUAACUGAAUUAUUCUUUUAAAAAAGGAAUAGAAAUAUAAAACUAUUAGUUUUUGCUUUUCAUGGCUGUAUGAAGAAAUAUGGUCAUUUUAAAAAUAGAACAAGUGCUUCAUGUGACUUUCUGUUGUUGAUUCCUUUGCAGUUAAUCUCUGCGAUUCUAUUUUUUGCAAAAUAUUCCAUUUACUCCAGAUUGUGAACAAGGCUCCACUCAAAUACAGUAAAUUAUUUUAAAGUAGAUAAUGUGAGUGUUGGGUUUCAACCUCAUUAAAGAAGAUCCUCAUUCUAGUAUUUAUUCCUGGUCAACUGACAGAAAAUCCAAACAAUCAGCUCCAAAGGAGUCAAACCCUUCAUAAUGUAGUAUUUCAAACAUCUCAACAUAUAGGCCCCAAUUUACUGAAGCAAUGUCUAUGCCUGCCAAAAACCCUAUUAUUUUCUUUCUGUUUUACUCUAUCAGAUCUCCCAAUGAACUGGGAAAGGAACUGGAUGUUUUCUUUUCCUUUGGGGAACUAAAGUACAUAAUAACAGCCAGCUUCUUUCUCAAAUUUAAACAGGAUAGAAAGACAGUAAUAACAACAGAUGUUCUAUAUCUGUAUACAUAUAUAGAUAUAUAAUUGGGAUAUUAAUGUAUGGCUUUGACCAAGGAAAUAUCCCUGGGAUGGUAAUGUGUUUCUUUGGCCUGGAGUAAUUUCUCUCAGGUCAAAUAAUAUGUGCAAUCAUGUGUGUGCAUGCAUGUAUAUAUGCAUGCACACACAUACAUUAUUUUUAAAAAUUUAAAUCCUUUACAGUAACAACUGUUAUCUUCCCUGGUUGAGUAAUAGGAUAUCCUGGUUGAUCAAUUAUUUGAACUGAUAAUAAUACAAUAAACAUUUAGUUAGAGAAUUUAACAAAAUUAAAGUGGUUAGAUCAAUUUUCAAUUAGAAUAAAGUAAAAAUAGACUUUAAUAGUGAUAAUAAUUAACUUUUGGUGAUUCAGAAGGCACCUUGUAAAGAAUAUCAUUUUUCAUCUUGGUGGUAGGCAGAAGUCCUAAUUUAGAUCUGACGGAAGGACAGGUAACAGACCUCACUGUGUAUGAUGUUCCAUAAAAUGUAUCUGAUUGAGUUCUCUUAGAUAUUGUUGGUCCAUAGAAAUUGAAAUUUAUGUCAUUCAGAAGGAGCAGAUUUCCCAGGGUAUGGAUUUUUCUAACUAUGUUCCCACCUAGAACAAAGAGCCCUCUUUGUAGAAUGGGAUAGUUUUUUGCCCUUUCCAUUUCAUUCUUCAAAUCAUACUGUGAUCUAAUUUCAUUGAUAAUAUGAUUCCUAAAAGAAAAAAAAAAGUAAAUUUUGAAUUGAGGGCACUUUUUUCUAGAAAAAGGAAAAUAAUUUUGGUUUCACCAUGUAUUUUAGUACCAUAUUGUUUGAUGUACAUCAGUGAUAUGGUCAAUAUGAUAAUAUCUACAUACACUAAAGAACCAUCAGAUCUUUAGACAACUAAAUUUUCAAUUCAGACUUGUCAAAUAUACCAGGACAAAGCCAUGUGCUUUAAAAGAAAAUGAAUAAAGCAGCUCAUUUUCUCAGGUCUAAUUAGACUUACGGGAUUCAAUUGAUGUUGUUUAAUAUUAAAUGUUUCCAAAGACCUCCUUUGUCUGAAUCAUCUUUAUGUAGUCUACUAUCUUUUUAUAUCUUCUACUUAUGGAUCAGAUAGGAAAUAUAUCAAUAAAUUAUUAUUGGUAUGAUAAUGUGUUUCUUAAACCUGGAAUAACCUCUAGGUAUAAUUUUAACUUUUAAUGAAGUAAAUACACAUAUAAUUUAUCGUGGAAAGUGAAGCUAGGAGAUAAUGCAUGUAUUUUCUUUUCUUCUCCCAAGCCUUUAAGGUAACAUAGGCAGAACUGUUGCUAAAAUUGGGCCUUAUGUGUUUAGAUUCUAAUUUUCAUGUUAGUUUCCAUAGAAUGAGGAAAUUAAAUAAAUGUAUUUUCUUGAUUUCAAGUUUUGAUUUGAAAGAGCACAAAGCAGAUAUGUAUUUCUGCAACAGAUAGGGUAUUAAAUUCAGGUCGUAUGUAAAAACUGCACUAUAAUGUACCUUUUGUAUCCUGGUGUAAGUAGACAAGAAGAUUGUAACACAUAUUGCUCUGCCGACGGCAAGGUUAACCUUUUGUAAAUUCUAGAACUUGGGUUUUUAAAAGAAAUCCCCAAACACCAAAAAUGUAUACAUGAUAAGGGAUUAAUACAUGUUAUUGAAACUUAGCUGGUAAUUCUUAGUUUUGAAAGUUUUAAAUGACUGAAAUCUUUAUGUAGACAUUGCCUUUCAUUCCUCUUCAGCAUAACAAUGCAGUUAAGUUUACAUACGUUGACAUUUUGAAAGAUGAAUAAUUUAAACAGCACUCAAUUUUGUUGUCAUGAAAUGUUUUCUUUUGGAUACAAUUUGUGAAAUUAAUAUUGCAUAUAUCUGUUGUCUGGCAAAUCUACAAUGCCCAAUGAUGUUUGUGAUGAUUUCAUCAUGUGUUACCCAUUUCUACACAUCAACUGUGUUUUGAUUUGUAUAUAAAUCCAUUUAGUCUUUUUUCCAAAUUUAUAUAAAUCUCUAAUGAUAUGAAAUACAUAAUAGAUCAAGACAUAAUUUUUAAGAGCUAUAUUUGUAAAAUUUCUCUAUGGUGAAUAAAGUCUUUUAAUAUACCU